UCCUAAAGAACAUCUGAACAACCAACUCUGUAAACAAAACCUCCCAACUAAUCCCCAGAAGAAUUUCUUAUCAGUCCAUUCCUAUUACAAACGUAGCAACUUCCUCUCUCUUCACUCAAAUUUAUCUCCUGCUUUUUUCCCUUGUAGUUUUGACACCGCUAUGAGUUAAAAAAAAUGCCACGUCAAACUAUUACUACCACCGAUAGCCGAGAUGCAGGGGUGAUAUUUUAGCGGAAAAGGCGUCAAAAUUUUCUUCCUAUCUGAAAAACCUGAGCACGAGGUUUGUCUUCGUCGUAGUAAUCCAUGAGUCUUAGUUUGGCGCGUUACUUUCUCCAUUUGGGCGUCUCUUCACAAACCGCAAGUACCAGAACUAGAAACUAUGGUUAUCUACUUUUAACCCCUAAGAGAGCAAAAUGUAGCACAGCUGCCAUCCACACAGACAAGCCCCAGAAACCGAGUCGGGAGGAGCUGUUGGUGGUAGUAGGGGGUGGAGCUGCUGGAGUUUAUGGAGCAAUUAGGGCAAAGAAUGUUGCUCCUAAUCUUAAUGUGUUGGUCAUCGAGAAAGGAAAGCUUUUAUCAAAGGUAAAAAUUUCUGGGGGAGGAAGAUGCAAUGUCACAAAUGGCCAUUGUGCUGACAAUUUAGUUUUGGCAGAUCAUUAUCCUAGAGGUUACAAAGAAUUGAGAGGAUCUUUUUUCAACAUGCAUGGCCCUGUGGAUACCAUGUCCUGGUUUGUCGAUCAUGGGGUGGAAUUGAAGACUGAGGAUGACGGAAGAGUGUUUCCUGUCACCAAUAGUUCUUCUUCAGUUAUUGAUUGUCUUAUAUCUGAGGCAAAGUAUAAGGGAGUUUCUCUACAAACUGGGAAAGUUGUGACAUGUGCCUCUGCUAGUGCUGGUGGGAAAUUCCUUCUCAAGGUCGAGAAGCGUACCCUCAACUCUGUUGAACUUGUUGAAGCUGAUUAUGUAUUGAUUGCUAGUGGAAGUAGCCAGCAGGGUCAUAGUCUUGCAGUUCAGCUUGGUCAUUCCGUUGUAGACCCAGUACCAAGCUUAUUCACUUUUAAGAUUGAGGAUUCACAAUUGACAGACAUGUCAGGGGUUACAUUUUCAAAAGUCAUUGUGAAGCUGAAAUUAGAAAAUGUGCAAAGGAACAUCCCGCAACUUACCCAGGUUGGCCCCAUGUUAGUCACACACUGGGGUCUCAGUGGACCAGCAAUUCUUCGGCUAUCUGCUUGGGGUGCCCGGCAUCUGUAUAGUUCAGGUUACAAAGGGAAACUAAUUGUGGAUUUUGUACCUGAUUUACAUAUAGAAGAUCUAAAAUCCUUGCUGAGUCAACAGAAAAAUAGGUUUGCGAAACAAAAGGUGCUUAAUUCAUGUCCUACAGAAUUAAGACUUGUCAAGAGAUUUUGGAAAUAUAUAUUGGACCGUGAGGGUUUAGUUGGAGAUACCUUGUGGGCUUCCCUCUCAAAUAACUCUUUAAUUUCGAUUGCUCAUAUUUUAAAGCAUUGCACAUUUGAAGUGAAAGGGAAGGGCCAAUUUAAGGAUGAAUUUGUCACUGCUGGAGGUGUCCCACUGUCAGAGAUCCAUCUGAAUACAAUGGAAAGCAAAAUCCAACCAAAUCUAUUCUUUGCUGGAGAGGUACUAAAUGUUGAUGGGGUGACGGGUGGUUUCAAUUUCCAGGUGAGAAAGAUAUGUUCUAAGAUAGUGCUUGGUCUGGUGGUUACAUUGCUGGAAGUAGCAUCGGUAGACUGGCAGGAAAUGCUAAUUUAGAGGGAGCCAUGUGAACCAUAAAAUUUGAGAAUUUAGGUAAUAGAUAUGGCUACUUUCCUGGCUUGAUGUGGAGUGCAUGCAUGCAUGUAUAUGUAGUGGAUUAUGGAAGAAUGUCAUCUUUGAAUAGAAAGGUCUCAUUUCAAUUGUAAAUUGACAGACUUCUCUCCAGUUUUGAUAACAUGAGGCCUUAUCGCGAACUUGCUUAGGUUAUCUAAAUACUAAAUACGAUCUUUCACAUUACAAAGUCUUGUUUAA